UUAACAGUAGUACAUCAACCUCCAAAACAUCCAAAGCCAAGAACAUAAGCAGGCAAAAGAUGAGUGUCUGUCUCUUCAAUUCCCCGCCUACACUCUCUUUACCAACGCCAGCAAAGAGAACCCUAAAUAGUAUCCUCGACACCAGCAACAAUUGGACCAGGAAAACCUUAUUAGGUGGUGCCAUAACUGGAGCACUCUCAAUCAAUUUAUUACUUUCCUCUCCAUCUUUACUUGCUUUAGAAUCUCCAUCGCCAUCACUCGAACAUUCACAAUCAACAGAAUAUCUUUGCCGUGAAGAAGAAACCCAACAAGACUUUAAAGUAGAGAGCGAAGCUCCUCAAGUGGUGACUAAUGAAGGAAUUGUGGAAGAAGCUUGGGAGAUUGUCAAUGAUAGCUUUCUUGAUAGUGGGCGACGUCGAUGGACUCCUCAAUCUUGGCAGCAAAAGAAGGAAGAUAUUUUAAGCGGAUCGAUUCAAUCGAGAGCAAAAGCCCAUGAUAUAAUUAGAAGGAUGUUGGCUAGUUUAGGUGAUCCUUACACGCGGUUUCUUUCACCUGCUGAGUUUUCGAAGAUGGGGAGGUAUGACGUCUCUGGUAUUGGAAUAAACCUUAGGGAAAUUCCUGAUGAAAAUGGAGAGGUCAAACUGAAAGUUCUUGGAUUAUUACUUGAUGGGCCUGCGUAUUCUGCUGGUGUAAGACAGGGUGAUGAAUUAUUAUCUGUUAAUGGAGAGGAUGUCAAAGGGAAAUCAGCAUUUGAAGUAUCAUCAUUGUUACAGGGCCCAAAUGAAACAUUUGUGACAAUCAAGGUGAAGCAUGGAAAUUGUGGACCUGUUCACUCUAUAGAGGUCCAGAGACAACUUGUUGCUCGAACUCCAGUCUCUUAUCGUCUGGAACAAAUUGAAAACAGCACCGCUUCUGUUGGGUACAUACGCUUGAGAGAAUUCAAUGCAUUGGCUAGAAAAGAUUUGGUAAUUGCAAUGAAGCGACUUCAAGACAGGGGUGCCUCAUAUUUUAUUCUGGAUCUGAGAGAUAAUCUUGGUGGAUUAGUACAGGCUGGAAUUGAAAUUUCGAAGCUCUUUCUGAAUGAAGGGGAGAAGGUUAUUUAUACUGCCGGAAGGGAUCCACAAUACCAAAACACGAUUGUAGCAGACAGCGCACCGUUGGUCAAAGCUCCUGUUAUUGUUUUGGUGAACAACAAAACUGCUAGUGCGAGUGAAAUUGUUGCCUCUGCACUUCAUGAUAACUGUAGAGCUGUGCUUGUGGGAGAAAGGACUUUUGGCAAGGGUUUGAUUCAAUCAGUUUUUGAACUUCAUGAUGGGUCCGGAGUGGUUGUCACUGUUGGGAAGUAUGUCACACCAAAUCACAUGGACAUAAAUGGUAAUGGAAUAGAGCCAGACUAUCAAAACUUUCCAGGUACAGGUCAUCAUUGUUUGGGUAGUAAAAUGGUGAUUUCUCUCAAUAAUCUGAACAAAACUCCAUAUGCAGGUUGGAGUGAUGUUAAAAAACACCUGUCAGAAUGCAACAUCAACCGGCAAGGGUAAAAUUGAGGUCGGCAUCAAUAUUCUUUCCAGAAAAUUGUGCAUAUUGAUUCCAUAAUCAGCUGCUCAAUGAUUCUUGUGCUUUGCUAGCUGACUAAGCACCUACCUUCGUGAGUCAAAAAAACAUAAGUUGACUAAAGGCAUUGCUUCUGCAUUCUUCCCUUGCAUCAUACAGAGGGAUUUUUAUUAAGAGCUACAUCAGUGCUGUCUUUCGAAAUGACAGGAACUACCACCAUGAAGCGAUAUUUAUUUUUUUCAAAAAAAAAAAAAAAAACCUGGGAUUUGGGUGGAAUUGGGUAGGAAAGAGUUUGGUUGUAGCCUGAGUUUUUCCUUCUAAGAUGUAUAGACAAUUUGUUGUAACCCUUGUGGAACCAAGGAUGUCUCUUCCUUCUCUUGGAGUACAGUGAUAUGGAAUUGUUUUCCUUUUAACUUAUAACAGGGAAGAAUUUCAAAUUCCUCUA